GAAAACCUCCCAAUGCUUUAAAAUUAGUUCGGCGGGUUCUCCAAAAUAAGCAAAUAAGUAAUAUUCUACUGGCUCUUGGUUUUGCUGACUCAAAAGGACUUUUAAAAAAUAAUUAUAUUCGUUUUCGCCCCCAAUUAGAACGACAAGUAUUAGAGGAGGAAUUAACUUUACCUGAGGAAUUUGUUUACGAAGAAGAGGAAGAAAAAAAAGUAAUUGCGGCGGACACUCCGCUUAAUUUAGAACAAUUAGCUGUUAUUGUUCGUGAGACUUUAAAAAAUUUACUAAGCCGAGCAAAUUUUAAGAAAAUUAUUUUGAUGGCAGACCCGGAUGAUGAUGGAGCCCAUAUUGUAGUUCUCUUGAUAACGUUUAUUUUCCGGUAUUUACCUUAUUUAAUUGAAGGAGGAAAAGUAUUUGUCGCAGUGCCACCUUUUUAUCGAGUUCAAUCCAAAAAGCAAAUUCACUACUUUUAUAAUGACCAGGA